AUGGGGGGACGUAGGAGAUGUGUGGAAAUCUAUCACCUAGAACUGGAAAGUGAUCUGGCAGGAAGAUUCUUGCUGGUUUUUAGCUGCCUGGUACUGUCGGUGCUGUCCACCAUUCAGGAGCACCAGGAGCUUGCCAAUGAGUGUCUCCUCAUCUUGGAGUUUGUGAUGAUCGUGGUGUUCGGCAUGGAGUACAUCGUUCGGGUCUGGUCGGCCGGCUGCUGCUGCCGCUACAGGGGCUGGCAGGGACGCUUCCGCUUCGCCCGGAAACCAUUCUGUGUCAUUGACUUCAUCGUGUUCGUGGCCUCCCUGGCCGUCAUUGCGGCCGGGACCCAGGGGAACAUUUUCGCCACGUCCGCCCUGCGGAGCAUGCGCUUCCUCCAGAUUCUGCGCAUGGUGCGCAUGGACCGCCGUGGAGGGACCUGGAAGCUGCUGGGCUCCGUGGUCUAUGCGCACAGCAAGGAGCUGAUCACCGCCUGGUAUAUCGGUUUCUUGGUCCUCAUCUUUGCCUCCUUCCUUGUCUAUCUGGCUGAGAAGGAUGCCAACUCCGACUUCUCCUCCUAUGCAGAUUCACUAUGGUGGGGCACGAUCACACUGACCACCAUCGGCUAUGGGGACAAGACCCCCCAUACGUGGUUGGGUCGGGUCCUAGCAGCCGGCUUUGCCUUAUUGGGCGUCUCUUUCUUCGCCUUGCCUGCUGGCAUCCUGGGCUCUGGCUUUGCUCUAAAGGUUCAGGAACAGCAUCGUCAGAAGCACUUUGAGAAGCGCAGGAUGCCAGCAGCCAACCUCAUCCAGAGAGGAGGCCAGAAUCUGCCUCCAUCUCCUUCCCGCUUCAGUAACUCCUCCCGUUUUGUAUCUGCAUCCCACCUGCCCCACAGAGAACUGGUAAUAUUAUUUGAGCACGUGCGGCGGGCCCGUAAUGGGGGCCUGUGGCCCUUGGAGGUGCGGAGGCCCCCUGCACCCACUGGAGCACCCACCCGAUAUCAGACCUUCGCCACCUGCCGGCCGGGCAGCGCCUACUAUUGCCCUAGGGAAAGCACUAAGAUGGGCAUCAAGGACCGUAUCCGAAUGAACAGUGCCCAGCGCCAGUGUGGAAGGACCAAACAGCACCUGGCCCCACCACCCCGAACCUCCCCAGGAAGUGAGAGUGAGAAUGUUAGUGUGGGAGAGCCUACCAGCCCUACUAAAGUCCAGAAGAGCUGGAGUUUCAAUGAUCGGACUCGUUUCCGGGCAUCAUUGAGGCUCAAGACUCGGGCAUCAGCAGAGGAGGGCCCCUCUGAAGAUGUGGCAGAGGAGAAGGGUUACCAGUGUGAGCUCACUGUGGACGAUGUCAUCCCUGCUAUCAAGACGGUGAUCCGCUCUGUCCGGAUCCUGAAAUUCCUGGUGGCCAAGAGGAAGUUCAAGGAGACUCUGAGGCCCUAUGAUGUGAAGGAUGUCAUUGAGCAGUAUUCGGCUGGCCACCUGGACAUGCUCGGCAGAAUCAAAAGUCUGCAGACCCGUGUGGACCAGAUCGUGGGCCGGGGGAGUGGGGAUCGUGGGGACCGGAAGACCCGCGAGAAGGUAGAAAAGGCUCCCUCGGAUUCUGGAGAAGCUGGAGAGGAGAUCAGUAUGCUGGGCCGAGUGGUCAAAGUAGAGAAGCAGGUGCAGUCUAUCGAGCACAAACUGGACCUGUUGCUGGGUUUCUACUCCCGGUGUCUGCGGGCGGGAGCAGCUUCGUCCGCCAGCCUGGGCACGGUGCAGGUGCCCCUCUUUGACCCGGACAUCACGUCGGAUUACCACAGCCCCGCAGACGCCGAGGACAUCUCCGUGUCUGCUCAGACACUCAGCAUCUCUCGCUCGGCCAGCGCCAAUAUGGACUGAGGGAGCUUCCCCACCCUCCCAGGGACCGGCCCGGGACUGGCCCCUCAGCCUGGCACGGGCCUCGGCCGCCCGCCCGCCCUCCCGCCAUCCGAUCUUACUUGAACAGGCCUUCCUUCCUGAGACUCUCCUCCCAUGCACUAUCGAGCUGCCAGGAUGGGGGAGGCAUCUCGUGGGCACCCCAGUGCCCCAGGCCGGGCAACCUCCCCCAAACCAGACGCUGGGCCCACCGCUGGUCAUGGAGCCAGGCAGACGGGUCCUGUCAGCGUUGCCAAGGGGGCCUCUUAGACCACAGAGGGCCGGCCCAGGACCUGUGACUCUAGGAGGGGUGAGCCCCUCCCCUCCCAAAAGCCGUGGGCACCACGGGCUCCCCAGAUACCUUGGUCCCAGAGCAGGGAUCGCUCUAACAGCUAUGCAAGACUGGUUCUCCCUCACAGCCUUUCUGGAGGGGCGAGUUCUCCAGGGAAGGCCCUGGCACUGUCAGGAGUGCUGACACUCUCCCUUCCCUGCACCCCGGGGUCCUCUGCAGGCCCCACUUCAAAGCACAGUGAUCCUGCCCCAGCGGGCAGGCACCAUAUAUGCAAACCACAUUAAAUAUGCAACUUUCCAGGCUGGACAGGGGGUCCCCUGGGGUCUUGGACCCAGACCCGUCCAAGCUGGUCUCAGGCUGCCUCACUAGGCCCUGCCCAGCCCCUGGGGCCUUGGGGGGCUGCUAACGUGGCCAGUGCCUCUCCUUCCCCACUGGGGCACAAGAAUGGAUGGGGGCCUUAUGGGCUGAGCCCAGCCCUUCACCUCUCUUAGAGGACUCUCUUCUGGCCAGUCAAUUCCACAAUUAUCAGGGGAAGGGCAGCCCCCUCCCCAAACAAACAGAAACAUAAAGGCAUUGACUCCCUUCCACCCACCCAGUUAUCUUCCAGGAGCCCUGACCAUGGACAGCUUGGAAACUGGAGGGUGUUUGCUCUCCCAGGGAAGAGAUCUCCCAGAGCCCUGGCAGCAGGGUGGGGGGUCAGGAAGGGUGCAGACUCUGGAUGGAGCCCACCCGAUCCCCCUUCCCAGCACCUGGCCCCCAUUUGGCAGGGUCAAAGGAGAAGAGCUAACUCCUUCCCAGUCAGGAUACUGUUUUCAUAAGGAAUGGGCUCUCCUGGUAUCCUCUGUGCUCCCAGCCCCAGAGUAAAGAGGGACAGCAGGGUCCAAGGACCCCAGCCCGAGGGUGGCCAGCACAGAGGGAGAAGCCUCAGCCCCCCCACUGCACCCCAGGGAAUAGCUGGCAGUGCACACACACACACUCCCACUCUGAACUCCCCCCUCCACUGCCCAGGGGCCACCUCCAGCUGUCUUUCACAGCCUCCCUGGCAUGUGCCCAACCCUAGAGCCUCCUUAGAAACAGAACUUCAGAGAACCCCACCCAAAGGUGAAGAAGAAGGGAGACAAGGUCCCCCUACUCCCCUAGGAGGGCAGUGCCUGGUGCCUGCCCUGUGCCAGGGAAGGACUUUGCAUCUCAUCCCCCGGGGCCCUGCAUGCAUCCAUCCUUGGGAUGAGGGGCAUAGCCCCCUCUCUCCCUGAUGUGCCUCCUCCCUUCCCUUCUGCAUGCCCUCUGCAUGUGUUGCUGCCCUUUGCCCACCUCUGGCCCUUCCAUUCCCUCCUCUGCACUGACCCCCAGAGAUGGAGCUGGGGCUGAGACCCUCUGACCAAAUGAGAGCCCAGAGUCAUCCCCCUUCCCCCGGCGCCCCACCGCCAUUGAGGUUCCCCCACCAACCUGGUUCUCGGACAUGCAAGUACCUCACUCUGUUAACUUCAUUAACUUAUUGGUUUCAUUAAAGUUUUCAGUAGAA